CGCAAGCGUCGUCGUCCCCGAUCGAUUGCGACGCCGGCCAGUGCACGCCCGCCCUUGUUCCCCUCCUCUGUUUCCGUUUAAUUUCCCCGGCCCCUGCGCCUGGGAGUUAAUGCGUAGAGUACUUACUCCAUUGCUGGCUAGCUCUCCAUCCGUCCGGCCGUGCCACCGGCCGACGCACACACGCGGGGAGGGGAGGGUGAUCGACACCGCCGGCCGGACCGGUCGAGCUACAGUGGGCUUUUUAGUAUCAUCACCCCGGCCUUGUUGCUUGCUCCCAUACUCUUCUUCCUCCUAGCUACAUACAAUUAUUCCCUCUGGUCCGGGGGCUCCGGCAGCGGCAGCGCCAAGCUAUAUAUAUUUCCUUCCUGCCCACCUCCCAAUCCCGACCUCGUUCAUACAUACUCCAUCGCUCAACGCUCAAGCUACAGCAACAUAGACAUAUGCCCUGCCUAAUUCCUGCUACCUAUAUACCUAGCUAGCUUCUACUUUCUCUCCACUCUCUCUCGAGAUCUUGUCAAUCUCUUUCUACUCCGUCUAGCUAGCUAGAGCUAGCUCAAUUCAUCGAGAUCUCUCAUCGAUACCCAUAGUACACAUCGCAAUUCACAAUACAAAUUGUAGAUAGAGUCGAGCUGAGCUGAGCAGGGGAAGGUUUCAGAGAGAAGAUAGUGCACGGAUAGAGAUAAUAAGCAUUUCCAUGGGGCUGAGGGACAUCGAGAUGACGCUGCCGCCGGGGUUCCGCUUCUACCCGAGCGACGAGGAGCUGGUGUGCCACUACCUGCACGGCAAGGUGGCCAACCAGCGCCUCUCCGGAGGAGCCGCCGGGGCCAUGGUGGAGGUCGAUCUGCACGUCCACGAGCCAUGGGAGCUGCCAGAUGUGGCGAAGCUGAGCACAAACGAGUGGUACUUCUUCAGCUUCCGCGACCGCAAGUACGCGACGGGGCUGCGCACGAACCGCGCCACCAGGUCCGGCUACUGGAAGGCCACCGGCAAGGACCGCGUCAUCCGCAGCCCGAGGUCGUCGUCAUCCCUCUCUGGCCGUGCCGCCAUCGUCGGCAUGCGCAAGACCCUCGUGUUCUACCGCGGCCGUGCGCCCAAAGGCACCAAGACCUGCUGGGUCAUGCACGAGUUCCGCAUCGAGAACCCUCACUCCCCACCCAAGGAGGACUGGGUGUUGUGCAGAGUUUUCCACAAGAAGAAAGCCGACACGGACUACGCCAUGGAUGGCGAGCCGGAGCUCGGCGGCGGUGCCGUGUGCGGAUCCAACUACCUAAGCUCCUCGUCCUGCCACGAUCCGGAACAGUAUCACCACUCGCCUAUGGCGUCGUUCCCUUCCAUCGGCGCGGGCGGCGACCAUUACCAGCUCCUGCCCUGUGAUCAUCACCACCCACACGGCGCGGCAGGCGUCUCGCUCAACGAUGUCCACCCCUUUGACGGCAUGCCGCAACUGCUGAGCUAUGACAGUAUCCUCGACUUCAGCCAGCAAGUCCAGGGCGGACGCAGUGCAGCGGCUUGUUUGAGAGCCGGCGCAGAUGAUCAGUGUGAUGGGGCGCUGAUGGACCUAGGGCUGGAGGAGCACUACAACUACAACAGCUUGAUGUAGAUGUGUAUAUAUAUGAUGUAGAUCGGUGGGUGCUGCGUGCCGUUAUACGUUAGAUGACACGAACCGGUACGUUGACUCGGUGCAACAAAUCAUAUCCCCGGGGAGAUAGACAAGCUGACCACGCACGUACCGGUACACCGGCUACGAUAAGACGCACACCCAACGGGACAGGCAUAGACAUUUGUUACAUAGGAAGCGCCACUGUUCGUACCUCAUCUAAUAAACUUCAUCUAAAAAAUGAUUUGUAUAUUUCUGGUGCCAAGAAUAGCUUAUUCCUCUUGAAAGCUUAAUUACUACUUCCCCGUCCCAAUUAUUGAAGUUAUGGGCUUGUCCAAAGUCAAACUUGUUUAAGUUUGACCACGUCUAUAGAAAAAUAUAUUAGCAUCUAAAACAUGAGAUUAGUCUCAUGAGAUUCUUUA